UAUUAUUAUAUUGUCCUAAACUAUUGGACUGCGGUAUGAUGAGUUGGCCUGUCCUGGCCUCUCUCUCCUUUGGUGCUGGGGUCUCCUUAGGCUUCCUAUCCCAGACCCACCCAUUGGCCCGGCCCGGGCGCCUCCUCUCUGCCGAUUGGCCCUUCCUGGGAGGCGUGGGCGGGGCAGAGCUUCGGCGGGCUGUAUAAAGCGCGCCCCGUCGGAGCCGGGCCAUAGACGCCUUGGCGAUGGGCUGGGCGGCGCUGGAGCUGCUGGGGCUGGCGCUGGCCGUGCUGGGCUGGGCGGGGGCGCUGCUGGUGGCGGCGCUGCCCAUGUGGCGGGUCUCGGCCUUCCUGGAGCACAACAUCGUGGUGGCGCAGAGCACGUGGGAGGGCCUGUGGAUGGACUGCGUGGUGCAGAGCACGGGCCAGAUGCAGUGCAAGCUCCACGACUCGGUGCUGGCGCUGCGGCCGGAGGUGCAGGCCGGGCGGACGCUGACGGUGCUGGCGGCGCUGCUGGGCCUGGCCGCGCUGCUGGUGACGGUGGCCGGGGCGCGGUGCACCACCUGCCUCAAGGGCGGGCGCCUCAAGGCGCGGGUAGCGGGCGGCGGAGGGGCGCUCUUCGCCGCCUGCGGCCUCCUGGUCCUAGUGCCGCCCUCCUGGUUCGCCCACCUCAUCAUCCGCAACUUCUACGACCCCGCCGUCCAGGCCUCGCAGAAGCGCGAGAUGGGCGCCGCGCUCUACCUGGGCUGGACCGCCGCCGCCCUGCUCCUCCUCGGCGGGUCGCUCAUCCUCACCGCCGCCCUCCAGAGCCAGAGCCAGGCCCAGGGCCCGGCCUUCCCCGUCAAGUACGCCGCCCCCAGGAGGAGCCCCGCCAACAGCCCCACCGCCGAGUACGACAAGAAGAACUACGUCUGAGACCCAGUGCAGACGCUAAGGAGCAGGCCUGGGCCAACUUGGGCCCUCCAGGGGGGUUGGAGUCCAACUCCCACCAUUCCUAACAGCCGGUAGGCUGUUAGGAAUGGUGGGAGUUGGAGCCCAACCCCCCUGGAGGGCCCAAGUUGGCUCAGGCCUGCUCUGGAAGCCUUCCAAGGGCCCUGAAUGAUGCCCAUAAGGUGCGCACCCAGACUCACCCUCUCCCAGACUGAUUCUCCAGCCUUCUCUGCCUCUUGGUGUUCUUCAAAGUGCCCGAAAGUUGCCCACACAAGCCAGGAUGAAGACCAGCCCAUGCCUGGACUGUUUUCCACCAUUUCUGUCCCCCUGAAAGAUGCCCACCCAGACUCGUCCUCUCCUAGACUCUUAGACUGAUUCUCCACCCUUCUCUGCCUCUCUGUCCCCAUCAAAAUGCCCUGAAAGGUGCCCAUCCAGACUCGCCCUCUGCUGGACUGAUUCUCCACCCUUCCACGCCUCGAAAGAUGCCCUGAAAGAUGCCCACACAGACCUGCUGUCUUCUAGACUGAUUCUCCUUUCUUCUCUGCCUCUCGGUGCCCAUCAAAAUGCCCCGAAAGGUGCCCACCCAGACUCACCCUCUCCUGGACUGAUUCUCCAUUCUCUGCUUCUCAGUGCCCAUCAAAGUGCCCUGAAAGAUGCCCACACACACCAAGAUGAAGACUGGCCCUCUCCUGGACUGCUUUUUGGCAUUUCUGUGCCUCUCGCUGCCUGUCAAAAUGCCCUGAAAGACGGCCACGCAGACUUACCCUCUCCACCCUCCUGCACCUCGAAGUACCCCAAAAGGUGCCCACGCAGGCCAGGAUGAAGACUGGCCCUCGUCUGGACUGUUUUUCGCCCUUUCUGUGCCCUGAAAGAUGCCCACCCAGACCGGUCCUCUCCUAGACUAAUUCUCCAUUCUUCUCUGUCUUUCGAUGCCCACCCAGACUUGCCCUCUCCUGGAUGGAUUCUCCACACUUGUGCACCUCAAAGUGCCCCGAAAGGUGCCUGCACAGGUCAGGGUGAAGACUGGCUCUUUCCUGAACUGCUUUUAUAUCUUUAUGUGCCUAUCAAAGUGCCCUGAAAGGUGCCCACCGGCACUCGCCCUCUCCUGGACUCAUUCUCUACCCUUCUCUGCCUCUCGGUGCCCUUCCAAGGGCCCGGAAAGAUGCCAUUCUGUUCCUUCCAAGGGCCACAGAGAGAUGCCAGCUCUCCCCGAUUCCCUCCCCGAUUCUGUGCCUCUCAGGGACCUGAAGGAUGCCAGCUCAGCCUGGGCCCUCUUCCGGACCACUUCCCACCCUUUCGAUGCCCUUCGAAGUACCCGCAAAGAUGCCAGCACGCAGGCUGUGCCUGAAGACUAGCUCAUUCCUAGGCUUCCUCUCAAUCCUUCAGUUCCCCCAAAGAUGCCCACGCCAGCUGUGGCUGAAGACGAGGGCUCUCCUGGACGUUUUCUCAAUCCUUCUGUGCCCUUUGAAGGGCCCAAAAAGGUGCCACUCGCCAUUUCUGGACCUCCCGAGGUCCCUCCUGAUGCUCUUUGAAGGGCCUUUCCAGUGCCAAAGACUAGCACUCUUCUGGACAUCUAAGUGCCUUUGAAGUGAUCAGAAAGAUGCCAUUUGCUGGUUCUGUGUUUCUAGAGGUGCCUCCGGAUGCCCUUUUGAAAGGAUCCCAAAAGAUGCCAGCUCUCCUGAGCUUCUGUAGCUCGUUCAGGUCCCAAAAGAUGACAACACAGGCACUCUUCUCGCCGUUUUCCAUGCCUCUUGGCACCUAGAAAGAUACCAGCUUAGCCCAGGCUUUUUCUGGGCUGCUUCUCACCAUUUCCGUGCCCCAAAAGAUGCCAAUGCAGGUGGGGCUGAAGACUAACACUCUCCUCGCCUUCUUCUCCCCAACUCCGUGACUCUUCGAUGCUCUUCCAAGGGCCCAGAACCAUGCCAUUUGCCGUUUCUGUGCCCAGAAAGAUGCCAGUUCAGCUUUGGCUCGCGGUGAACACUCUCCCCAGCCUCCGGGCCUUUUGAGAAGACUCUCUUGCAAAAAGAACAAAUUCCUGGGACUUUCUGCGCCUUUAAGGCUUUGGACUCCGCACUGUACUAGUCCUCAUUAAGCGAUUUGCCGCAUUGUUUCUUAAUGAACUGCCUCAGGGGAUGGCCAACACACACAUGCAUCUCUUUUUAAAUUUAUCUAAAUUUAAUUUAUCUAAAUUGUCUGUUUGUACAUUGUACUUGUUGCCCCGCCAAGCGGGUCCCUUGCAUUGUUUCCUAACUGGAAGAAGAGGUUUGGGAUAACCCAUCCGAAAUACAGUCGGCCCUCCGUAUCCACGGAUUUUGCACCCACGGAUCCCAUCUGCCAUGACUUUAAAAAAAUAUUUUUUUUAAAAAAAAUCCCAAAAGCAAAGCUUUCUUUUGCCAAUUUAUAGAAGGGAUGCCGUUUCAGUCCGCCGUUGUAUGUAAUGGGACUGUAUCCGAACUCCAGUGGAUACAGAGGGCCUGGUGUGUAUUCAUUUAAGGCUUGAAUUCUGCACUGUUGUGUUCUCGGUGUGUCAUGCAAAGCAGCGUGACAUCCAUGUUCUUCUUUUAAGUUAAUUUUUUCUCUAAAUUGUGUAUUAAAAAGUGGGUAGGAAUUGAAUUUUCAGCUCAAUUUGGGCCAAAAGGGGCAUCAUGCCAAUUCUAAAUCCACGAUCCCUGCUGCGGCGGAGGUUAUUUCGAUCUAUUUUUUGCCUGCACAAGAGGGCAAAAAAAGAUUGUCGAAUCUUUUGAGUUCGAAAGCCAAUUGGGUUGCUGUGAGUUUUCCAGGCUGUCUGGCCAUGUUCCAGAAGCAUUCUCUCCUGACGUUUCGCCCACAACUAUGGCAGGCAUCCUCAGAGAUUGUGAGGUUCUGUUUGAACCUAGGCAAGCGAGUUUUAUAGAUCUCCAGGGUGGGAGAAAAAAGCUCUUGUCUGUUGGAGGCAAGUGGGAAUGUUCUCAUUGGCCACCUUGAUUAGUAUUGAAUAGCCUUGCAGCUUCAAAGCCUGGCUGCUUCCUGCCUGGAGGAAUCCUUUGUUGGGAGGUGUUAGCAGGCCCUGAUUGUUUCCUGUCUGGAAUUCCCUGAUUUCUGAGUGUUGCUCUUUAUUUACUGUCUGAUUUUAGAGUUAAUACUGGUAGCCAGAUUUUGUUCAUUUUCAUGUUUUCCUCCAUUCUGUUGAAAUUGUCCACAUGUUUGUGGACAAGUGAGAGGAUCCCUCUUGUCCUUUGCUGAACGUAGCAUUUGUUGGAUUUUCUUAAUGGGUCUGUAGAUAGUUUGCAGGUUGUGUUUCUCCAUCAACUUCCAUAUCUAUCAGUGUGUGUAGGUUUUCUGUAAACUGUGUGGCCCAAUUGUGGAUUGAGUUGAUUCUGGAAUAUAGCCAUAUAGCUUGGAAAGCUGACAGCAACCCAGUGAUUCCGGCCAUGAAAGCCUUUGACAACACGUUGAAAGCCAAAUCUUUGAGCAUUGUGGUGGAUUCGAUCCCAAUUUUAAGCAAUGUGUGGAUCCCCUGGGCCUGAACUACAGCCUUCCUGAGAAGUUUCUUUUCAAAAUAUGUGUGGAGUUUGCAUACAUGAUUUUUUUUAAAAAGUUUUUUUGAAUGACCAUUUCAGUAUUACAUUCUUACCUCCAAAUAAAACUUUGUAAUGCAUUUGGUGCGGGAUCGGACGCCGGUACUGGAUCAGACGCAAUUUCAUGUAAUCUUGGGGAGGGAGGUGGGAAUUCAUCGGUGUUUUCAAAUCCAAGACCUUUGUACAUUUUAUAUUCUCUGUUUAUUUAUAAUAUAUUAUAUAUAACACA